UGAUAGAUAUUUAUUACAUGUAUCAUUUUAUUCCAUAAAUGGCAUAAGAGUGACGGAACUAACGCAAACGGUGCAGCAACGAGCAGCGGUCGAAAUGAUUUCGGCUCGGCAUUAUUUAUAUUUUUUCACUUAUUUGACGAUAUCGUUGGCGAAUUCUAUCGCCCAGGAUAUUCUAGGAUGUGGCGGUUUUCUAAAGAGUCACGCCGAUAUCGAUUUCACGAAAGUGCACGUGAGAUUAUACACAAAGGCUGGUAGCCUGAAAGAUCAGACCGAAUGUGCGCCUAACAAUGGCUAUUAUUUUCUACCUCUGUACGACAAGGGUGAAUAUGUGUUAAAGGUAGAUCCUCCCAUAGGCUGGAGUUUUGAGCCUAUGGAAGUGGCAUUAAAUGUAGAUGGUGUUACAGAUGACUGUAGUCAGGGAAAAGAUAUUAACUUUUCAUUUAAAGGAUUUGGUAUCACAGGACAAGUGACCAGUUUUCGAGGUACUGGACAAGUUGCGCUUUCUGGUCCUAAGGGAGUUACUAUUUCCUUAUAUGUGGACAGUAAUAAGCAAGUCCCCAUCAGCUCAACAAUAACAACGGACGAUGGCGUAUUCUAUUUUACUCCCAUCCAACCUGGGACAUAUAUUCUUGUUGCAUCUCAUCCCAAAUGGAUUAUAAAAAGCAACAAUGUUAAAGUAACUGUACAAGAGGGAAAUACAGAAAUUCCAUACGGCAGCUUCAUGAUAUCUGGAUACGAUGUCAGUGGCAAAGUCACCAGCGAAAACGAACCGGUGGCUGGCGUCUCCUUUAUUCUCUUUGGCGAUGGUAUUGCAGAAAAAUGCGCGACUACUCCAGUAAACAAGGAUUUUAAGCCCAAGAAGCCACUCUGUCACGUAAUCUCGGACAAUAGCGGUAGAUUUGUAUUCCCCAGUUUGACGCCUGGUGACUACAAGCUCGUACCAUACUAUGCCGGUGCUCAAACGAAAUUUGACGUUCAACCGCCGGAAUUAUCUUUCAAAGUUGGCCGCAGCAGCGUAAUCCUCCCACAGGAUUUCAAGGUAACUGGCUUCACUGUCAGUGGUCUCGUUCGUAGCUCCACGAACGGCAGUCCCUUGGCAGAAGCGAAGAUAUUCUUGUCGCAAAAGGAGGUCGCGGUCACGGAUGCAAAUGGAAAAUACGUGUUGGAUAAUAUGAAAGCUGGCCAGUACACGCUCCGAGCGGAGUCCGAAAAUGUGCAGUUUAGCGAAAAGACAGUCAAGAUAUCUCCCAGUUCACCCGAACUGCCGGUGUUGGUACCUUCGGCGUACAAAGUCUCGGGCAAAGUGACAUUGUCGGCGAAGGGGACGUUGCAUUUCCGCAAGUUGUCCAUUCAGAACACGGCCGCCACAUUCUACAAGGAACUUGAUACCGACGAGACAACGGGCGAAUAUUUUGUCUACCUCGCGCCAGAUAAAUAUCAGUUGAGCGUAAUCGUGAGCACCGAGGAAAAGACUAAGGGCUUACAAUUCUUCCCGCUGCAACAGACGAUUGAUGUGACGUAUCAACCAAUCACUAACGUAAACUUUUUGCAAUUGAAAGCAACGUUAACUGGAACAGUUAACUGUUUGCCAGAGACAGAUUGCAGUCAAGCCUCUGUCACUCUGAAGAUACUCGAUGGAGUUACAAUAAAGACGGUACAAGCCAAAGUCGUUUUCCAUUACGCAGAUGGCCAGUACCAGUUCAUCGAUGUAUUGCCCGGUCACUACGAGGUCUUGAUUGACAACGAUGUGUUCUGCUGGGAGAGUCCCAGUUACAGAAUCUCGAUAACGUCGGAACAUGCGGAAGUGCCGCCCUUCAAGCAAACUGGUUACUCAAUCUCCUUUAUAUCCUCUCACGAGACAGCCGUAGAAUUUACUGAACCGAAUAACACGAAACCAAUAACUCUACCUCUGAGCAAGGGCAGCACGAGGCACUGCGUGCCGAAACACGGAUCGUACACUUUCGUCCCGAAAGGCUGUCACGUGUACGACAAGUCCACUUACACCUGGGAUACGAGCAAUCUCUCUCCAAUCUUACUGCAAUCCACCGAGCACACUCAUAAAGGCAGCAUCGUAAGCUCAAGCGCGCAAAACGGUCUGAAAGUAAAGAUCGAGAACGCAAGCGAUAGCGUCACAAUUGGUCCGCUGAAAUAUGUAAAGAAAGACAACACGUACAAAUACGAGUUUGAGUUUAAAGCAAAAAUGGACUACAUGUACACCAUUACCCCGUUGUCAGACAUCCUGUUGUUUAAUCCGCCGUCUCUAAAAGUCUUCGGCGUGAACGACUGUCACAAUGAUAUCGCGAGUUUCGUCGGUGAUUUGGGAAAGAUCAUUGCCGGCCAAAUCUCUCCACCACUGGAAGGAGUAACUGUACAGAUAUUUGGAAAAGAUAAGGAGACUCCGGUCCAUACACUAGUCACACAGAAGGAUGGUACAUACAGCAUUGGACCCUUGAGUGGAAAAAUUGAAUAUAGCGUUACGGCUGAAAAGGACGGUUUCGUGAUCACCGGACCUGAUGCUGCAGGAGUAUUCUUGGCGCACAAGUUGGCUGAAAUCAUCGUGCACGUUUCCGAUGACGCUAACGCUUCGUUGCAGGGCGUUCUUCUCUCUUUGUCCGGCGGUCAGAAUUAUCGUAAGAACAGCAUUACCGGCGAGGACGGCAAAUUCGUAUUUAAUUCGCUGUCUCCGGGCGAAUACUAUCUUCGGCCCAUGAUGAAGGAGUACCGUUUUAAUCCGCCGUCGAAGAUGAUCAAGGUCGCGGAGGGAGCAACCGUCAAGGUGUCCCUGUUCGGUAAUAAAGUCGCGUACAGCGCGUACGGAUCCGUGACGUCGCUGAACGGAGAACCGGAGGUUGGCUUGCUGGUCGAGGUUCAAGGCCAGGGAAAUUGUUCCGACCUACAAGAGGAGGCUACGACCGAGGAGAACGGCAACUUUAGGAUUCGCGGUCUCCAGCCCACGUGCACAUACGCAUUCCGUCUGAAGGCAAGUGUGGAAAGCAACGCUCAUAUACAGCGCACGAGCCCCAGUUCCCAGCUGGUGCAACCGAUGGAGGACAUUCACGGCCUGCGACUGAUCGCGUUCCAUCCAAUCUCACGCACGGACGUCUCCGUGCACGUCACGUCCAUUCAACCGGAGCAUUACCGUACGAUCAAAGUAAAGCUUUGCCGCGAGGACGCUCCCGACUCGCCGGUGCACAUCUCGAAGCUGGAUGCACAGCAAUCUACGAGCAAGAUCGCCGGCAGUCACAAUGCUGGUUUCCUCGUGCACUUCCCGCCGUUGCAAGCCGACGGCAGGAAGUAUUUCGUGCAACUGGAAUCAUCGCUGUCGCAAGCCGUGCACAAAUAUCGGACUGUCCCGAUCUACUUCGAAGCGAACUCGUCGUUCAAAUACGUUAAGUUGACGUUCAACGCCGAGCGGAAGGUCGAUCAGAGCGAGAUGAGUCAGACGUCGGUGAUCGCGCUGCCUUUUAUUAUAUUGGUCGCACUGGCGUUCGUCAACCGUGACAAACUGUGGACUUGGCUGAACACGUUACUCGAGAGACGCUCCAAGCCCGCACCGAGUUCCCGUGCGCCUGUCCAAGCUAUCCCCAUCGAUCCCAGAGCGGAUGACAUAAUAGUCGAGCAGAUAAUGAAUAUCAACAAGAGGAAGACGAAGCCGCGAAAAGCUUAAAUCAGAUAUUUGCCAUCAGUCAUCUCUUUGUGAGUCAUUCGUAAUGAUCUCAAGCGGAGACAGAGUAUCCAUAUCUCUGCCAUCCUACAUCCUGUGUGUUUUUCUAUGAUUCGCUGUCAAUAACUUGUCUAUUCACGAUGUGUGUCGUGACGAUUGUUUAUCACGGACAAUUGUCUCGAUAAUUGUCUUGAUGUGUCUAGAAUUGUUGAUAUAUUUUUACGCGAAUGAUGAAAUUAUAUGUACUUGAUCGGAGGUGUGUAUAUAACAUACAAAUCUAUAUGUCAUGCAUAUAUAAUUUCACGAUAUGUAUUCUGAGUAAUAUAAUGCAUAACAUAAUAUUUUAAGGUGUUAAAUCGUAAGUAUAACGUAGGUGAUGAUACACGAUCGUACCACAUUGUUCUAUACGUAAAUCGUCAAGUUUCAUCAAAUGUACAUACACAAGACAUUACGACAAAAAUACCCGCGAGAUUGUUAUUAAAUGUUAUUACUCUGUCAAA